AUUUGUUGAUUAUAGUUUGUAUUAUUAAUCUGAAUCUGCAAAGGAAAUGGUAACUAUGUAGGCUAGUGCAGUAAAAUUGAAGUGGAUUAGAAGUAGCAGAAAAUGGAUAUACUCCAAGUACCUGAAAUUGUACUAGAAAAAGUACUUGGUUACUUUUCACCACUACCAGACAUUAAAAGUAAAAUUGUGCUGGUCACUGUGAAGAGGCAGACAGGCUACAGGUCCCAACAGCCAACAUGAGGCUGAUCCAUCACUGCUGACGUCCAAUCAGAUGAGGGCUGGUGGGAUUGGCUCAAUCAAUGUGUUGUUUCCUCUCGCAUCCUUGGAUACGUAGAGCAGUCUGCGUUAUUACCGUGGCCCUGCAUGUUGUGCGGUUUCUGUCGUUUGUCAUGGAAAACACGCGCUGCUUCACCAACCGCUUCUCUGACUACAAAGGCACGCUGCUCCCGGGUCAGUGCGCUCAGGCCGUCGUGCCCGCCGUCGUCGCCACCGUCGAUAAAAUCCUGAAAAAGGUUCCCAUCGACAUCAGCGACUGCGACGGAGGGCUGUACGAUGGCCCUGCCGGGGUGGCUUACAUGCUGUAUCAUGUCAGCGAGUGCCCGCUGUUCUCAGAGCAGCGGGACGCAUAUCUGAAGACGGCAAAGCAGAUCAUCGACGUGUCGGUCAGAUACGUGGAUGCGGAGCCUGACAAGAACAUGCGCGCCGCCUUUCUGCUCGGCGGGGCCGGUAUCUACGCGGUUGCCGCUAUGAUAUACAAAUCUCUGGGCUUGGCUGAUUUCGUUAAGCCGCUGACCAAAUUUCGUAACCUGUGGGAGGUGUGCGCGCCCAUCAAUUUUCUGGAGUGCGGCUCGGAUGAGCUGUUUGUGGGGCGAGCUGGGUAUCUGUGUGCUGCGCUGGUCCUCAGACAGAAGCUGGGCAUAGAGAUUCUGAGCAAAGAUCAAAUCAAAUCUAUUUGCCAGGCCAUAAUUGAAUCGGGAAAACAGUACGCCAAGAGGAAGAGAAAGCCUUUCCCCCUCAUGUACUCGUACUAUGGAACGGAGUAUCUUGGUGCAGCCCACGGCCUCUCAUCAGUGCUCCAGAUGCUGCUGAGCUACCAGGACAACCUCAGUUGGGCAGAGAAGGACCUGGUGUGGCAGAGCGUCGAUUUCCUAAUGAACCAGGAGCAGAACUGUAACUGGCCUGCUGAGCUUGGUGCCAUCAUCGAGAGAGAGAACGAACUGGUGCACUGGUGCCACGGAGCCCCAGGUGUGGCGUAUCUUUUUGCUAAGGCCUACCUGAUCAAUAAGAAACCCCAGUAUUUGGACACGUGUAUCCGGAGUGGGGAGCUCGUGUGGCAGAAAGGCCUGCUGAAGAAGGGACCUGGGAUUUGUCAUGGAGUUGCAGGCAGCGCUUACGUCUUUCUCCUGCUUUAUCGGCUCACAGGCAACUCGAAAUACAUCUACCGUGCGCAGAGGUUUGCAGAGUUCCUCUUCACUGAGGAGUUUAAGGCAGGCUCCCGCUCAGUGACCAGUGUCUUCAGCCUGUUUGAAGGCCUGUCGGGCACUGUUUGUUUCCUCGUUGACCUCCUGCAGCCGGACCAGUCAGAGUUUCCUCUGUUUAGUGUCUUUGUGUGAAUGAACCUGCUGCUCAGACAACACUCCCUCCCUCUGAAAUCUUUCAAUAACUGGACUGGUAGAAACACUGUCUUGAUUGUAACUGUGAUCAGAGUGGGAGUGGGGGGAUGGAUGGUGUUUGGGAUUUAGAAAAUCACAUUUGAGUACAGUUGCAGUAGAAAAAGGCUCUUUUUUGUGUCUGUACUAAAGUGGUUGUUCAGCUUGUCCAGGCUUUAACAGAUUUAUUCCACUUACUGUAACAUUGUCCAUUUCAAUUUACAAUGUAUUCAGUUGUACUCAUGCAGAGGUGUUCAAACUGUGGGCCUCCCCAGGGCGGCAUGAGAGAGUUGAAGAGGAGGCGUGGAGCGAGAGACUUUGAAUUUGAGUCACAAAUGUUCUCUUUCUCUGAGUUAUAACUCAGUCAAAUCUAAACACAGAGACAUGUUACACAUAUUUUUAGAUUCAACGUGACUUACACUUCCAGAUGAGAUUGUCAUUAUCUCCAAUGUCACUAAUAAACGUCCAUAAAUCAGGAACAUCAUAGAAAAAACACUCCUUAUACUGGAACUCCAGAAUCAUCACAUUUUUAUGCUUUCUUCAAUAUCAAAGUAAUACAGUGAUAGUUGUCUGUGCAUCAUUACAAAAAAGGAACUGUUAAUAACUGAUUCAUAUUUUUAAUGGUGCCAAUUUCCCAAAAUGGAAACAAAUAUAGUCUAAAAAACAGCUUUGCUCAAGUUUGAAAACCCCUGCAAUAAAAUAUUGGCAGUUUUUUCUAUGCUAGUAGAUUGAAACUGCAGCAUAUUCUAAACAGAUGCUGCCCUCAGGUCAGAAACACACAUGCACAUAUACCAUUGACAGCUAAAAUAACUGGCAAUCACAACCCAAUUCGCAGAAAAGAAAAACAGAAAAGAGAAACACAAUUGUCACAAAAUGCCUUUAAACCUUUUCUACCAUUUCACCAGCUCAGCGUCACGUAUUGUAGACCUUUGAGUUGAUUAUUGUGAAAUUAUUGUUGUCUGAACCUUUAAUGACAAAUAUAAUGGAGGGAUUUUGAUAAUGAACCUGUAAAAUAGUCAAGUUUGGUAGAGAUGUAAAGCCAACAGAUGAUGAGAGAAAUAACUGUAGAUUGUCCUAUUAACAGUGUGCAUAUGACAGACUCGCCUGUUUGAAUUGAGGUUACACCAUGUGUAGCAGUGUGACAGCUGUGUGUAUAUUUGAUGUUUCAAACUGUGCUAGUUACCGUAUGGGGAUCUUCGAAAUGUUCAAUUUGUUAUGAUUUGAGAAAAAGUCAAGUUAAAUUACAGUUAAAUUACAGUUGACUGAGGGAUUGAAAUUUGAUCACAUCUCUCUGACAACAUUAGAAACCAAAAAUGCUUUGGGCUGUGUGUGUACAGGGUAAUAAAGUUAAAUAUUAGGAAACCAAAGGAGUUUCCCAAAGCUAAUUGUGCUUGUUGUGGAACAUUUAUAAGCUGUGUAUGUGUGUGUGUGUGUGUGUGUGUGCUUUUCCAUUUGCAACAACAAAGUCUAAAGGAUUAUUGUUAUUAAUAAUUAAUAAACGCGUCUGGAUGAAAUAAA